AUGUCUGGUACCGACUACAAGUUCGAGGGUUGGCUCGGCCAUGACCCUAGCUCCGUCAAGGGCAACAUGAAGUGGGGUGAAUUUGAGCCCAAGAAGUGGACUUGCUGUGUUGGCCACGAAAUCGUCGGCAAGGCUGUCAAGGUCGGAAGCAAUGUCAAGCACGUCAAGUGCGACGACUGCAAGAAUGGUGAUCAGAACCACUGCGUGAACACAACCAACACAUACGGCGACAAGUACAAGGAUGGCAGCGGCAAGUCUUACGGUGGUUACGCUACCUAUGCUCGUCACCCUGGCAACUUCGUCUUCAACAUACCCGAAGGUCUCGACAGUGCCGAGGCUGCUCCCAUGCUUUGUGGUGGUGUCACCGUCUACUCGCCAUUGAAGAACUAUGGAGCUGGACCUGGCAAGAAGGUGAGUUUUGGGAGAUUUUGCAGAUCCUGCGGAAUUGUUCUAACCCUCAACAGGNUCGGUAUCGUUGGUGUUGGUGGUCUCGGCCACUUCGGUGUCCUCUUCGCGAAGGCUCUUGGAGCCGAUGAGGUUGUCGGCAUCUCUCGCAAGGCAAGCAAGAAGGACGAAGUUAUCAAGCUCGGUGCCGACAGAUACGUCGCUACCGACGAUGACAAGGACUGGCAACAGACCAACCGCCGCACACUCGACCUGAUCGUCUGCACUGUCUCCAGCGGAAAGAUGCCUCUCGAGGGUUACGUCGGCAUGCUCAAGACCAAGGGAACAUUCAUCCAAGUUGGAGCACCAGACGGUGGUGAGCUUCCCAACAUCAACGCCUUCACUCUUAUUGGAAACGGCGUCAAGGUUGGCGGUAGCGCUAUCGGUAGCCCCGACGAGAUCAACGAGAUGUUGAAGUUGGCAGCUGAUCAGAAGAUCCACCCUUGGAUCCAAAAGCGUCCCAUGAAGGACGCAAACGCAGCCAUCGUUGACAUGGAUGCUGGUAAGGCUCGUUACCGCUACGUCCUUUGCAACGACGAGUGA